GGUGGGAAUAGCUUAUGCCUUUGACUGGCGCCAUGCUGCUGAUGAUUUAAAGGAGUCUGGUUGCCUAGUAACUUUUUUCACAUGUUUUUUUUUCAUUAUUCAAAGGUGCUUUUCGGCUUUCCUUUCAGUUUAUUUUUGAUUGUAAUUAAGGAAAACAAAUAAUUAUGGAAAAUAUCAAAGUUGCCAAACAAAAUUUAAGAACUUCAGCUGCUCUACCAAUGUAUAAACUGCCAUGUAGAGAAAUGGAAUUCGAUAAAAUUUAUGACUUCAUUAUGGAUCGAUAUCAAGCUCAAAACGGAGGGUGUUACUAUCUUGCUGGUGUACCUGGGACAGGUAAAACUGCUACUGUUAGAGGUGUUCGGAGAUCAAUUGAAGAGAAUUUCAAAAAGUUGAAAAUCAGAAAAGGCUCUCUUGUGUUUAUCGAAGUAAAUGGGUUAAAAUUGACGGAUCCUUACCAAUGUUACUCUUCCGUUUAUCAUGCAUUAACAAAAAAGCGAACAUCAGCUAAAAAGGCCGAAGAAUUAUUACAUGAUAUGUUCUGUUCACCUAAAUCUAGUGAUCCUUUUGUGGUUUUAAUUGUUGAUGAGCUUGAUUCUCUGCAAACCUCUAAGCAAGAUAUACUCUAUCAUCUAUUCGACUGGCCAUCUAGACCGAGCUCUAAACUAGUAGUCAUCGCUAUUGCAAAUACUCUCGAUUUACCUGAACGUAUAAUGGAUAAAAGAGUCGUAUCUCGAGCUGGCUAUGGACGACUUGACUUCCAUCCCUACAAAUUCGGAGAGCUACAAAGUAUUGUCGCGGCUCGCCUCAAAGGUACAAAGGAUUUUUUUGCGUCAGACGGUAUCCAAUUAGUUGCUCGGAAAGUUGCAUCAAUUUCUGGUGAUGCUCGUAAAGUUUUGGAUAUUUGCAGACGAUCCAUAGAAAUUGCUGAAGAAGAAUGGAAUGGUGUAGGCAAAAUAGAGGUUAAUCGUAAUCAUGCAUUGAAAGCUGUAAAUGAGACAACUUCAGCACCGAAAAUGGUAUACAUAAGAAAUGCAUCAGAAUUUGAGAAAAAACUUUUAACUGCUAUUAUCAAGCAUUUUCAAGUGUCUGGGACAGAAGAAGGCUUUUGUAUGGAUAUCUAUCGAUAUUUUGUUGAUUUAUGUGAAGCUGAUGAUAUAUCUGAUGUAAACUUUUCUGAGUUUCUUGAGGUAGCUCAAAGUUUACAUGAAUCUAGAUUGAUUAUUUUGGAAUCAGAUAAAGUGGAUAGCCAAAGACGUAUUCGUCUCAUCGUAUCUUCUGAGGAUGUUGACUUUGCUUUAAAAUUGGAUAAAAAUUCAAUUGAUCUAUGAUAUUUAUUCUUCUUAUUCUGUUUCUCGUCUACAGACCCUCAGUCUUUCGCCUCAUUCAGCCUAAAAUCGUGAUUCUUCCUGCCAUUUCAUUUGAAAAUAACUAUUUUUAUAUUUAUCAUGGACUCAAAACGUUACAAUUUUGUAAACAAAUCACUUUCAACAACUCUUUUCUCAUGUAAUUAUGAUCAUUUCUUUUUCAUUUUUUACAACCCUAUUCAUUUAAAGAAUGUCUAAAUAAAUUUGACUGACCAAAAGCUUCCAUUUCUUUUGUAA